AUGCCAUUAACCGCCGAUGUUGCUGCACAGCAAGUCCAGGAAAGACUAAGGACACUGCACAGACUAAUCUAUGACAUAGAGGCAGAGAGAAGUCGCAAUGAGCAGUGUAUUGAAUCAAUUUUAAGAGUUGAAAAAGCAGCAGAAUCUUCAUCCUCUGCCGAAGAUUCUUCGAGUUCUUCUCAACAGAUGCAGCUUAAAAAUUUGUAUAAAGCUGGUUUAACUGCAGCUGAACAAGAAGAGAGAGUUCUUCGGGCGGCUCUAUCAAGAAUAUAUGAAAUAAGAGCUAUCAAAAAUGAGAGGAGGAUUCAGGCUCGACACGCUGGUAACAAAGAGACAAUAGGCUGUGGAGCCCUGAUGAAGAUGUUAUUAAGUGCUGCACAGACUUUGCCCCUUCAUGUAGGACGUGUGGGUGAGCGUGCGCCCCCAUUAUGUGGGGCUGUGCCAGCGGACUCGGGGCACGUGGCGCGGGCCGGGGACGCCGUCGCCGCCCUAGUCAGGGUCUCAGAGAAAGAAGAGAAUUGGAUCCUGGCCGAGGUAGUGAGUUGGCUGCCGGCUCAGGGUAAAUACGAGGUGGACGAUAUAGAUGAGGAGCAGAAGAACCGACAUGUUCUGAGUAAACGUCGCGUGGUGCCUCUCCCGCUUAUGAGGGCGGACCCUCGCACAGAUGAAGGCGCCUUGUUCCCUAAGGGAGCGGUGGUGAUGGCGUUGUAUCCACAGACCACGUGUUUCUACCGAGCUAUAGUCAACCGACUGCCCGCCUCAGCCGCUGAUCCAUAUGAGGUUCUGUUUGAGGUCUGUACGAUAUCAGGGAUAUUCAUUAUGAUUUGUCAGAGUAUACUGAAACAAAUAAAAAAAAUGAUUCGUCGUACGCUGAUGGAUACUCUCCGGCCGAGCGCGUCGCACAGAGAUACGUUAUUGCGAUCAAAGAGGGCAAGGGUCGCGCCAGCUGACAGUCUCGCUCCGCCCCGCCUUCAGCGCGCUCCUCGCCUCUCUCCACUGAUUCGCUACAUUGAAUAUACAUCUGUGGACCUGCAACAUGCAACUUGA